UUCCUGGCUGCGCCGCUGUGAAAAUGGUCAUAACUGUUUCUAAACGCCAUGAUAAUACUGCUUUCACAGUAUUAGCGUUUUUAUUUCAGUCGCACCUUUAGGCGUACAUACAGUGGGACUGCACGCUUGCACUGUGUCGUCAAGUAGUGUCUGUCCAAUAUUUUCUGGCUUUUGGUCAGACCUGAACAGAGCUCUGCUGUUUAGCUCUAUGGUAUUUUGCUAAUCAGCAUCUUCAGCCGUGUCUGUUAACGCUCUGUUUAUUUGCCGCAACUGCUGAUUCUAUCGUCCCCUUCUGUCGUGACUAUGAAUUAUUACGCUACGUCUGCUGGCAUCCUAUGUAACUAGUGGGCAGGAACGUAAGCCCUUCAUCACUGAAGUUGAGAGCCACAGAUAAGAAUAGGAAGCUUCCUUUUCAACAAUUCCUGCCAAGGACUGAUCCAGACCUAGCAUCAAAAGAAGAGGGUGUUCGAUAGACACACCUGCUGCAGAUCCCACUGGUUGGUCUCCAUGACAGACACUGUGAUAGGCAUGAGUGAUGUCCACUCUCAGCCAAGAUCUGGCCACAGUUCAGAACUGACUGAUGAAGAAAAGGAGAUCAUUAACAAUGUGAUUGUUCGGGCUGAGAAAAUGGAGGCCAUGGAGCAAGAGAGAAUCAGGCGUCUAAUGAGUCGUUUGGACAAUCUGAAGAAGACUGUUUGUGGGGAUGGGAUGUCCCACUGCUUGUUGUGUGGGGAGCAGUUAUGUGCCCUAGGAGUCCAGUCUGUCGUCUGUGAAGACUGUAAAAAGAACAUGUGCACCAAAUGUGGCAUGCAUAUUACCAGCCGACCACCAUCUGUAUGGCUGUGCAAGAUCUGUAGUGAACAACGAGAGGUAUGGAAGCGAUCUGGGGCCUGGUUCUUUAAGGGCCUCCCUAAACAGUUUUUGCCUUCUGCCAUGCCAACAGCCAAGUGCAAAGAGCCUAAUUCUGAGAAAAUACCUGAGAACCAAGCUGCUCUUGCCACAUCUGUAGCUGCUGCCCAGACUCAAGUGCAGGCUAGAGCUCCAGAGUUGAAAGGUCAUCCAACUAUUGCUCCCAAGCCAUCUGUCGCUCCAAAGCCUGCCAUUAUUGUUGGUACCUGUUAUUCAGAAACAGACAGAUCUGCUAUGAUAAAACUGCACCAAUCCACUACUGUCUGUGUAACUCAACAGAAGAAAGGGGCCUUCAUGGGCAAUGGGUUGCAGGAGAAAGUGACCCCUGUGGAAAGAGAGGAAAAGAGUGAGCCUGACAGCUUCAGUCUGGCACAUGCCUGUCAACAGACCCCUGGAAGAGAGGAAGAUGAGGAUGAAACCAAUAGCUAUGACUCUGAUGAAACCACAACGCUGGGAGCUCUCGAGUUCAGCUUGCUUUAUGAGCAAGAGAAUAACAGCCUUCAGUGCAACAUUAUAAGAGCUAAGGGUUUGAAACCAAUGGACUCCAAUGGACUAGCUGAUCCCUAUGUCAAGCUGCAUCUGCUACCUGGUGCAAGCAAGUCGACUAAGUUACGCACCAAGACUCUCCACAACACCCGUAACCCCAACUGGAAUGAGACACUGGUGUACCAUGGCUUGACAGACGAAGACAUACAGCGCAAGACUCUUAGAAUCUCUGUCUGUGAUGAAGACAAGUUUGGGCACAAUCAGUUUAUUGGGGAGACCAGAGUAGCUCUGAAGAAACUCAAAUAUAAUCAGAAAAAAAAAUUCAAUGUAUGUUUAGAGAGAGCUGUCCUGACAAAGAGGACUGCAGCUGUUUGUCCUGCAAGAGGAAUAUCCCUUUAUGAGGAUGAGCCUGGAAAGGAUGGAGCAGAGGUACAGGAGAGAGGUCGUAUCCUGAUAUCCCUAACGUAUAACAGCCACCAGAGUUGUCUCAUUGUUGGUGUAAUACGCUGUGUUCACCUAGCAGCCAUGGAUACUAAUGGCUACUCUGACCCUUUCGUCAAAAUAUGCCUAAAGCCGGACAUGGGGAAGAAGGCUAAGAACAAGACCCAAAUUAAGAAGAAAACUCUAAACCCUGUGUUCAAUGAAGAAUUCAGCUAUGAAAUAAAACAUGCUGAAUUGGCCAAGAAGACCUUAGAUAUCUCAGUCUGGGAUUACGAUAUUGGCAAAUCCAAUGAUUACAUAGGGGGAUGUCAGCUAGGCAUCAGUUCCAAAGGCGAGCGUCUUAAGCACUGGUACGAGUGUCUCAAGAACAAAGACAAGAGGAUUGAACGCUGGCACACUUUACUUAAUGAGAAUCAUGUCUCCAGCGAUUAAGGCUCGUGCCCUGUUCUAUAUGCAUGGCUUAUAUGAUUAACCUAACUGUAGUGCUACUUUGGCUUUUUCCAACCAGUUCCUAGACCUUCACUUGUAUUAAAAUUUAUGGUCUUUCAGUGGCACCACUAAACAACUACACAUAUGUACUAAUACCAUUAGUUCAUCUAACAUUGCCCCUGAGUCUCCUAAUGUGCCUCUGACAUGGUGAAUAUUUUGGGGAGACAAGUAAAUUAUGGGAAUGCCUUAACCACAAAAACUGAAGCAAAAGUACACAAAUGCAUGCAGUUAAAUUUCUUUUAAGUUUCUAAUAUUGAUUCGUGUGCAGUAUAGGUGCAGAACUAGAUUUUUUGGACAGCCCAGUCAGAUUAUUGAAAUCCCCUGUGUGCCGCUGAGGUCACUAUUUUUCUUGAGUCUUUGGGGCAGGAGUUCUUUAAUUGCAUCUAGGACAUGCGCUUCAAAACUAGUACUUGCCUUUAAGUACCCCCCUCAAAAAAAGGGCAGUUGAUAAUGUGGUGAAUCAUGCUGUCUAUUUUAUUAAUGUGAUACUAUUGAAAUAAUAUGAUGUUGCAUGCGCACCAAAUAAAAAGAAAGAUAAAUCUAAUAUUAUAAUAUAGAAAUGAGAAGUAGGCGAGAUUUAAAUAAACAAUUAGUUGUUGCUUAAUAUAUUGAAAAUAUUUUGUGGUUGACCGUCUUUAAUAGUUUUAGCCCUUAUAAUCAAGUUAAUUUACUAUUGUUACUAACCCAAUUUGUCUUGAGUUUGCAAUCUGGGAGUACACAGAGAUCCGAAUAAAAAUGAAUGAUGAAGCAGGCCAAAUGAAGACAAACCAGUUUUUUGCAAAAUGAUCUAGGCAUGCUCAGUACCAAGAUUUCUGAGAUUUCCACCAAGAGUCCUAUUUGAUACCAGCAAUGGGACUGAGUAAUAUCUUGCAUGAUAUUGGCUCCAGUGAAGAGUGUUAUUAAGUCCAGUGCCACUCUGUGUCAGUUUGAUGUAACCACAAUAUGUCAUGAUGAAAUUCAUGUUUUGUGCAAAUGCACUCAAAAAACUAUUAAAUGGAUUCAAGGGCAAUAAAUAAUAAUAAUAAUAAUAAUAAUAAUAAUAAUAAUAAUAAUAAUAAUAAUAAAUAUGACUUUAAUUAAUUAAUCAUUAGUAAUCCAAGACAUUAUCUGAAGGUCCAAAUUUUAUAUGGAAAACAUUAUGAACUGCUUUUACUUAAAGUGAAUUGUAACCAUAGCAGAUGAAUGCUUGGUCAACCUUUAAAUUAUGAGCACAUUUUCAUUUACAGGACAGCACAGCAAAUUAAGAAAAAUAUUGGUAUUAUUUUAUUAAUUUGACAGCUCAAAAUAGUGAAUUAAAUGCAUGAUAAAAUGCCUACAUUCCAUGCACAUUAUGAUUUCACGAACCUGAUUAAAUUGUGUGCACAAUUUAAAAAAAAAAAAAAAAGUAUAUAUUUUUGUGGCCUGUGCAGUGACUUGCUGUAGGUCUCAACAGUAUUAGUUUUCUGCCCUGAAUAAGCUUCACACUUUCUGAAAAUGUACUUCUACUUCAUCAUGCAAAAUAAUAGGAUAUUAAUUAGAAUAUAAUGAGGGUGUAAGCAAGAUUGUUAAAUUAAGACAACUUUGCAUUACAGUGAUUACUGUGAUAAUUACAACUAGGACUAUUCCUGCAGCAAUAUAUUGGCAAUAUACUAGACUACUAUUAGGUGUUUAUUUGAAUGCUUGCCAUCUUUACAUAGCACUGUAUUGGUAUUUUCUGUUUUUUUAUAUAUAUAUAUUACAUAACAUUGCAUUUGUACCCUACAAGAUUUUUAGGGUGAAGUAAUGUGAUUACAAUAAAUUGGCAAAUAGUCGUAUUGGACUAUUUGCAGAUGCAGUUAUUUGCAGAGAAAAGAGAGCACUCCAUAACAACAGAACAAAAACCAGUAUUGGACUGUUUGUAAUGCAGCUAUUUGCAGAGAAAAGAGAGCACUCCAUAACAACAGAACAAAAACCAUGACAGUAGUGCCAAAAAAAAAAAGAUUUUAAACGAGUGAACAAAAUAUUAAAUGGAUUAAAGAAAACAUAACAGAACAUUUAUCUUAUUCAGAAAAAAUUGCCUUAAAUAUUCUACUACAGAUAAUCAGUAUUCACACAAAACCUGCACAAACAUUUUGGCUUUCUUACGAAACCUGUAGGCUAGUUAUAUUGUAGUUUGCAGUUUUGAUGUCAGGAUCCUUGAGAGUGGCACAAAGGAGAAAAAACAUUGUCUGUUAAACUAUAAUGUAAUUGGAAUAUGAUCUAAUGAGAAGUAUUAAGUUCAUCAAUCUAAUUGAGGAUUUUGCUUGCAGAAAUGUAUGUUGGUUGAUAAGCAGCAUUCAAUCCAAUCCUUAUCUAUUAUACCCUAAACAAUAGUGUGUUGAAUGUUUAACUACUCUAUGUAGUCACUAUAAAAGUGAAAAGCAAUAAAUUAAUACAGCCCGGGCUUUAAAUCCAAUAACGUCUAUCUAAAUCUAUUAAUAUUAAAUACAUUUUGCCCUUUAACUGUGAAAAAACAUUUAACAGGCUGAAAAACACCAUUUACACUUGCUUUUGGGUAUUGUUCACAGUAUAUCUAUAUGCCUAAAAUACUGGCAGCAGAGAUGCCAGCAAUAUACUGUAAUUCUACAGUAUUCAUACUGUGAAAUUACUUAAUAGCCUUUUACUAUAAAAAUAAAAUGCAGUAUAUGCAUUUAAAUUAGAUUAUUUUAAAUUUUCACUGUUUAUUGUAGAAAGGCAUAAUUGAUAAUACACUAACUCAAUUUAGCUGUUUAGAAAAUCUAAGUUAUCUAUCUUCAAUGCAAUUAACAGUAGAACAUUACUGCUCUGUGGGCUAUAGACAGCUGCUUAAAAUACUUUAAAUACAUUAUUCUGAAAAAUCUGUAAAAUAAGCAAUAAACAAUUUACAAAGGCUAUAAAUCAAAAUAAUUUUUAUUUAAAAGGGCAGUGUCAACAUAAAUUCUGCUGCUGUAAAAAACAAAACAAAAAAGACCUGUUGGACGACCCAAGAAACAAGCCAAACAGAUUUUGAGUAGCAAAAUAAAAGCUGCCUAAUGUCUGCUCGAAACAAUGGCAGUAAACUAAAAUUCAUAAAUUGCAUGUCAGAGGUUGCUCCUUGCAAAAGAUGAAAACACCUGAGACCUAGUUGAAACUCCUUCCAAAUAUUUGUUAUAAUUGAUUUAUCUUGAAUUUGAAAUUGUAUCAAACAAUUGGCCUUAAUGCCGAGCCAACUAAUACAGAGGAAGUCUUUAACUUAAGAAUCCUGUGAGGUACACUUAUGUUCUCUCAAAAAGCAAUUUAAAAUAUGUAAAAUAUAUAAAUUUACUACAGUUUGUUUUCUGCUGUCUGUGAAAAUAUACAUCAGUUUGAACAUUGUGAAAAUAAUGCAUCAUUAGCAACAUUUGGAAAUCAAACUGCACUAUUAAGACCAUUUUGAAAAUAUACGAAAAAAUAAGAACAUUUUGAAAAUUAGCAUUAAUAACAACAUUUGGGGGGGGGGCUGUUCAGGUUCCUUUUUACCUUUUAAAAGAGUCCUGUGAGGAGGCAGGUGUUGUACCUUUAAAACGAGACCUGUGAGGUAGGUGCAUGCUUAACUUCAGAAAUAGCUUGGGUGGGUGUUGACAGUCCUGAUUGAGAGAGGAACCUUCCCAGUCUGUUACAGAUGACCAUCAUCCGGCUGGUUGUUGUUCCUCUUCCAGAUUUAUUCCAGUGUUACCACUGUAAAUAAAUCUCUGAAACAACAUGGCCUUUGUUCCUCUUUCUGGAUUGAUACAAAGGAAGCACCUGAAAUCAGAAUAGUCUACGAUCAGAGACUGAAUUGAAAACUAUUAGGAACACCUUGUAGUCUUAAAGGAGUAAUUUGGGUUUUCUAACAUUAGGUUUCUAACCAGUACUGAUAACAUGAGGUAUUUUGUAGAAUUCUGCUGCGUGAUUUUCUAUAUCUUGGAACUAUUUAUUUGUUGAAAAUUGCCAGUGUAUUACUACGCACUGGAGCCAGUUCACAUAUUAUGCCUCUAUUCAAGCUUACAGGCUGUGUAAUUUGAGUAAUACACUAGCAUAAUUCAACAAAAAAAAUAUUUUCAAGAUAUAGAGAGAUCAGACAGGGGCAACAAGCAGUAAGAGUCACUGAAUAUACUCUAUGUCAUUUGUAUUCUUGUGAGAAUGUUUCAUGUUUUUUGAUGUGUUGUGGCUUAAAAUGUUUUCGGUACCUGACUCCAUGUUCCGCUACUCAUUUUUGCCCAAAAAUUUACCAGCUGGCAGGGAGAUUUCUGAUCACGGGCCUGCCUGAGUUAAUGUCUGUGUCAAUACCAGUAAGUAAGUAAUACCGUCUUAUGUUAAAAAUCCAAAUUAUCCCUUUAAGUAUGCAAAGUAAUGAUUUCUGGUAAUUCAGGUUUCAAGAAUUGCAAUUGUCAAAAAAAAAUCUAUAUUGACGACAAGGAAAUUAAAGGAGUCUUACCUCUGAAUGAA